GAAGGUGUUGGAGCAGAGAGACGAGGUUUAUGAGAAGAUCAGUCAAUAUCUGCAGCUGAAGAACACAAUACACACUCUGCAGGAGGCGGGCUCUCAGCGGCUGAAGACAGACGUUGAUCUUGGCUGUAACUUCUACGUCCACGCUGAAGUGGAGGACUCGUCCAGAAUCUUUGUGGCGAUUGGUUACGGGUUCUUUGUGGAGAUGAGUCACGACGAGGCGCUGCGGUUCAUCGAUAAGAAGACGAAUCAGCUCACAGCUUUCACAGACCAGCUCACCAAAGACUCCGCCAAAAUAAAAGCCAACAUCCGCAUGGUGCUGGAGGGUCUACGGGAGCUGCAGGGACUGACCGACCUGCCAGAGAGUAGAAGAAGAGAAGUUUUCUAGACGUGUGGAUAAACUGCUGUACGUUCGGAGGAUGGACAGUUCAGGUCUCAACCUGAUCACUGUGCAGCUCCAGGAUUCAACAUGGACAUUCAAUAAAUCCUGUCAGCAGUUUGUUCUGAUAAUAAUGAGGGGAGGUGGGAUCAAAUCGUCAUUGGAGGACAUUUGAAUGGUGGUGGAUCUGUGACAGACGUGGACUCUGCAGGACUCAGACAGAAGUAAAGCCUCUGCGACUAGAACCAGAUAAGAGGAGGCUGUUGCGGCUGUCCACAUACUUUUGGACAUGUUUGCGUAAACAGGUCUUCAGAUGUGAUUCAUAGAAAAAUAAGACGCUGAGCAAUAAAGUUACACUGACUAAAACAUGAACCGUCACAGAUGCUCAGUCAACAACACCGAGCCUGUUGCCAUGGAGACUGGUUGAUAAAUAGAAGCAGUGGCGUAAGGAAACAGAGUGAUGGUGAUUCUUGAAAUAGACACAGCGUCACAGGAAGUCACUGUUGAUGUUUAAAGAUUUACAUUCAUCAGAUGAAGUGAGAGAAUCAUCAGCGUAAUAAAAAUAAUCUCUAGCUGCACUAAAUGAAACAGGGAAUUAGCUGCUGCAUUAAUGCGUCAACAAUAAUCUGAUGACACAGUCACCUGCUAAUAAAUGUUUCUGUUUAA